UAGAUGGUGUUGUCUCGACAACAACAACAGCAAAUUGUUUCUAAAAUUGUACAGUUCUAUUCGCAUGUGUUUUAUGCUUGAAAGUUCAUGCAAAGGCAUGCUACAAUUUUUAAAAUGAAUAACCAUUUGCUCAGGCUGUCUACCAUAUUUAAGAUAAGCAAUCAAAGGUGCCCAACGUUGAUUGCACGCCAUCGAUUUGUCCCAAUUAUGGUGUGUCAAGUUCAACGUUUUCGUCAUCUGGGACACAACCGGAUCCGACAGAUAGAAAUGGAGAAAUUCACGCCACUUUCUAGUGCGUUCGAAAAUUUGAGCUUUAAAAACUUCUGCACUCAAAAUGUUCCUGAGAAAAAAGAUCAGACUGAGAAUAUUCUGACAGUGCCAAAUGUUCUUACCGUUGGCAGAAUGGUCAUGUGUCCCUUUCUGGGCUAUCUAGUCAUCCAAAAUGAUUACUCAAUGGCAUUCAAUUUGUUUGUUGUUGCAGGAAUAACAGACUUGCUUGAUGGAUGGAUAGCAAGAACAUUUCCCAGUCAGGCAUCAUUGGCUGGAUCUUUCUUGGAUCCUUUGGCUGAUAAACUACUUCUAGGAACACUUUUUAUUAGCCUUACAUACAGUGGACUUAUUCCAUUGCCACUUACCUUACUUAUUGUAGCAAGAGAUGCUUUACUUGUUGCUGCUGGGUUUUACAUACGCUACGUUUCUCUGGAACAACCACGAACUUUGAGUCGGUAUUUCGACCCUUCUUUAGCUACUGCACAACUUGCCCCGACCAAUAUUUCAAAGUUCAACACUGCCAUACAGUUAUUACUUGUCGCUUGCAGCCUUGCAGUCCCGGCGUUCAAUCUUGACGAAUCAGUACUUCCAUUUUUAUGGUAUGUGACAGGAACGACAACCGUCUUAUCGGGACUCAGUUACGUGUUUGCUAAAAACACUUAUCGCAUCAUAACGCGAUCGCGUGUAAAAUGAAACAUCACUGAUGCAGACAAAUAUAUGUGAAUUUAGUGAUUCA